CUACAAUCAAUAUACUCUUACAUGGUCAUUUCCAUCAGGCAUCUGUGACAAUUUCGGGGAAAUUCGUCAACUUACUCAAUUCACCAUUUCGUUAACUUACUCAACUCACCAUGGAAGGCAGAUAUAUUGAGCAAUAAUGAAACUGCAAAAUGAAAAUGGUCAACAACUCAUAACUAUAAUUGUCAUAUAAAUUUUCAUUUUAAAAUAUUUGUGUUCUAGCUGAUUUCACAUUAUAAUAUAAGUUAUGGACCGCGAACAAGAAGAUUCAACAACUGCUCUAGUUCGUGAAGGAGUUACUGUAAACGUUGGCUUCUAUAGACGUUGUUUUCAAAAUCCUCCUGUACAGAUGAGUUUCGUUGUGCUCCAUGCUGUACUCUGCUUGGCAACUCUUGUCUGUCUUGGGAUAGCGUCAACAUUUGACUCUUUGUGCGCCGUAAAACAGGCAAAAUCUAUCGUAAAUUGUACCGAGAAUGUACUUGUAGAAAAACCGCAAUCUAUCGUCAUGGCAUCAUAUCUCAUGAUCAUUACCAACGCCAUCAUUGUCAUUGCAACAUUGUACCUAAAGCCAACCUGUUUGCAAUUCUGUGGAAUCAAGGAAGCUUUAAGGCGAUUAGUGAAAAAAGGAUCUUUCUGGUCAUACAAUAUAACGUAUAUUUUUGUCGUUUUUGAUUAUAUACUAUUAACAUUUAAAGACUUAGACAUCGUUAAUAAGGCAUUAGCUAUAACAUUGGUUGUUUUUUUAGCAUCAAAAUUAAUUGUUGCGUACUUUUUGAAUUACGUAUUUCCAGUAAAAUUUCCAGCGGUGAAUGAAAGAAGCUUUAUAAGACUCUACCUUUGGCUAGCAUACUGGAUAACACUUGUGGUAUUUUUCCUUGCCACCGCGCACGCUGUUUUGGCAAUAACACUAGACGUUGCUGAAAAAAUAUCUCCCAUAGGCAACGUACAGACAGGAUCCCAUAAUUUUACAACUGUUUGCCAACUUGUGUUUCUGGGAAUAAAAGCAACGUUCGAAGGACGAUUAUUUAUAUUUUAUUGGAACAAGUUUUUUCAUGGAGACAAAGAUUUGUUUUCUACGUUUUUAGUUUUAAAACCUAUUCAAGAACAACCAAUUCCACCUGUCACGGUGGAAGGGAGGUCAGGAAUAGAAGUUGUCACAGCAUAA